AUGGAGUCCACUGAGCCAUCACAUUGGUGUCACGGAUGCAACUCUUACGUUCGAGUUCACGAGGGACAGUCUGUUGUUUGUCUUGAUUGCGGUGCAGGCUUCGUUGAGACGAUACGUGACAAUGCUGCAACAUUCGAGCCACAUUACAAUCCGUUUAUCGUGCUACGAAGAAUUGAAGAUACGGGGAGUUAUGAGUUGUUAUACGAUGAUUGUUCGGGUCAGGGGCUAAGGCCGUUGCUGCCAGGCAUGUCAGAGUUGGUGAUGGGGCGGGGAUUUGAUCGGGUUCUUGAACAUUUUAUACGUUCUGAUACGAUGACAGUUACUCAGCCUCCGGCUGCUAAGGCUGCGGUGGAUGCAUUGCCUGCUGUUAAAAUUAAUUUAGGCCACAUUAUUAGUGAUGCGCAUUGUGCUGUUUGUACAGAGGCCUUUGAGGCCAAUGCAUUGGCUCGUGAAUUGCCUUGCAAGCAUUUGUAUCAUUCGGAUUGUAUUUUACCUUGGCUUGAAAUAAGGAAUUCCUGUCCAGUUUGUCGUUAUGAAUUGGCGCCUGACGUGGCAGAAAUGGAUGAAUUGGAAGCUGACAAUGAUGAAGAACCGAUGGGACUUAUCAUUUGGAGAUUGCCACGUGGCGGAUAUGCCAUUGGACGGUUUAAUGGUGGCAGGGGACUAAGUGAGGGUGAGGCGCCUGGGGCGGAUGAUGAAAUGGAUGAUGAGGAUGAUGUUGAUGGCAGCAGUUCAACAAGCAGAAGUUGGUCAAGAAGUGGAAUGAGGAGGGGUGGAAUUAGGCAUGCAUUUCGCAGUGUUCUGUCAUUUUUUGGCAGGUUUAGGAGCUCUUCGUCAUCGCGAUUGAAUAUGGAAGUUGGUUUCAGUGAGGACUUGUCGAGAGGAAACAGUCGUAGAAGGGUUAUAGUUGAUGCUUAA